CUAAGCAACAACUGAGCACAGAAACUACAUUUACCUUCAUGUAAACCAAAAUGCAUUUAAUUGGAUAUCUCCAAGUAUAUAUCAUUGCCCUAUGCUGUAUUGCCGUGGGAGCACAAGAUGCCUGUGGCAGACCAGACCGAACAGUUGAAGAGGAACUCCAAGGCACCUGGGACAAGGACUCAUAUGAUCAUGGAACAAUAGCGUCAUAUAUUUGCCGCCCGGGAUACAGUAAAUUUGGCGCUAUUAAAAAACAAUGCAGCAAUGGAAACUGGAUAUAUUUGGCAAGAGGGCAAUGCAAAAAAAAAUCAUGUGGUCAUCCAGGAGAUAUCCCUAAUGGUUCCUUUGAGCUUAACGGGGAGAACGAGUUUGUGUUUGGAGCUAUUGCUGAAUAUUUCUGUGACAGCGGAUAUCAAAUGGUUAGCAAACUAACUACCCGAACGUGUACUGCAAAUGGAUGGAGCAACUUUCUUCCUAACUGUGAAGAAAAAAAUUGCCCUCCUGUGGAACCUAAAGAGGGUGUGGAAAUAAUGUCUUCUUAUGAUAACGAACACACUGUUGGAAAAGUAAUACGUUUUCAGUGUAAGAAUCAAAAAUUCAAGCUAAAUGGGAAUUCUGAGAUUUUCUGCACAUCAGAGGGAGACUGGAAUGCACCUCUUCCAGAAUGUGAAAUAACUUGUGAGGCUGACAAUGUGCCAAAUGGUGUUAUUAAGAAUAAAAAGAAUGCAUACAGACUUGGAGAAACUAUUGAAUUGGAAUGUAAUUAUGCGUACACGCUCUACAAACCAGAAGAACCUAGGAGAUGUACUGUGAAUGGCUGGUCUCUUCCACUGACAUGUAACAGACGCAUAGAAAUAUGUACGAAAUGUGAUAAAACCUGUGACAGACGUCCUCUACAUAAUGGAAAGUAUUAUCGUGAUUCACGUUUCCCUGGACGAAAGAAUAGUAUUCUUUGGUAUACUUGCAAUGAUAAUUUUGAUCCAGUGCAAGGAGAAUAUUCCUAUAGCACAUACUAUGGCAAAUCUAAAUGCACAGAAAAUGGUUGGCAUCCUUUGCCAGAAUGUAUAGUAUUAUGUCCGAGGUCUGCUGCACAAGUGGAAUCUGCUGAAAUUUAUCUUAGACAACAAAAGUAUAGGGCAGGAGACAAAGUUCAAUUCCGAUGUUAUGGAGAAAGCCGAACUGAAGAUGGGAACAUUUAUGGGGAAAUUGAAUGUCUACCCAACCACAAAUUUUCAGAAGCCAGAUGCCUUAGAUCUUGCAUUAUUGAAUCAAUAAGUCAUGGAAACUAUAUUCCAAAGAAAAGUAAUUUUGAGUAUGGAGAAUCCUUAGUCUUUGAAUGUGAUGAAGGAUAUAAAAAUCUAAAAAAUACAAGGUUUGAUUCUGCUACUUGUCCUUGGACUCUUCCCCGGUGUGUCGAAACCUCUUGUCGCAUAGCAGAAUUGAAUGUGAAUUAUAACGUUGGAGACGUGGUUCAGUUUUCUUGUUCACGUGGCUACAAAUUAGCAGGAAAAGACACCAGCCAGUGCUAUUAUUAUGGCUGGGACCCAGAACUGCCUACCUGUACAGAUGAACGUGGAUGGAAAGAUCGUUACAAACUAAUUACAAAUAAACAAGUGGAUCAUAGUGUGUGUGCCCCUGCUCCCAAACCACAAAACUCACAGGAUUCGGAAUCAGGAAAUAUCAUUUAUCAUAAUGGCAUCACUGUUGAGAUAAAGUGUACUCCAAGAUUUCGACCCUUUGGCUUAAAAUCCAUCGAAUGCCAGAAUGGCAAAUGGCAAACUCCUCCUCAGUGUAUUGAACUGCCUCAUUGUAGCCUUCCACCCAAAAUAGAAAAAGGAAAAGCUGUACCUUCUAAACACUGGUAUGACAGUGGUGAAAUGGUGAAUUACCAAUGUGACCCAGGUUACGACAUUAGUGGUUCAAGCGAAAGUUGGUGUUUCGCGGAACGGUGGACGGCACCUCCGGUUUGUAAAGAGGAAUUGUCGGGAUGAAGAAAAGAACACUCACCUGAGAUGUCAUUCAGCCUUCCAGGAGCCUAUUGCAAACACAGCACUUAUAGGCAGUGGUAACUGGACAAGAAUUGAAUUCUGCUUUACAGGCUGAACCACAAUCCUUACUGCAACUCUUCAAAUUAUGGAUAUGUUGUAUUUCCUUAUUUGCUGUUUUACUGAUGUUCUUUGUAAAAUUGUACAAGUUGCCUUUAGGUUUACUGAGGAUUAAAUAUUGUUCUGAACUUUUUAAUGACGAAAGCAGUAAAAUCCACCAAUACUUGUCUUUAA